AUGGAAAAUGAGAUGGAAGAAAAGUUUGAAAAUUGGAGAGGGAGAGAGACCAUUCCUGACAAACAUGGUGGGAUUAGAGCUGCUUCUAUAAUUUGUGUUGUGGAGCUAAUGGAGGUCAUGGUGUCCAUAGCUAUUGGAAACAACAUGGUGUUAUAUCUCAUGGAAUCAAUGCAUUACUCGCCAGCCAACGCAGCAAACAUGAUUACCAAUUUCAUUGGAACGUGAACGUCGUAUUUGCUCACUCUCUUUGGUGGUUUCGUGGUUGACUCGUUCCUCACUCGCUCCACCACUUUCAUCAUCUUCUGUUCUAUUGAAAUCUUGGGUUUGAUUGUUUUGUCAUUCCAAGCUCAUAACCCUAACCUACAACCCGAAGGAGAUAAUACACCUUCGACUCUUCAAUCAACGGUUCUUUCCACGGGAGUUUACGCGAUCGCAUUUGGUACUGGUGGUACUAGGCCCUCGUUGCUUGCACAUGGAGGCGAUCAGUUUGACAGUAGACAUCAGAGACUGAUCUCAAAAUUCUUCAAUUGGUACUACUUCUCCAUCUGCUCUGGAUGGCUCAUGGCCGUUACCGUUAUGGCGUGGAUCAAAGAUAUUUUCGAUAUUUCAGUUGUGGUUCUAGCGAUCGCGCUAUGCAUUUUCUUAGCAGGAUUACCAUUUUACCGAUUAAAACGUCCUAGUGGAAGUCCGUUCACAAGAAUUGCAAAUGUGUUUGUUUCUGCCGCAAGAUAUCGAAAUAAUUCUGUUUUGGAUGUUGAGAUGAUGCAAAGUCUUACAUCUACCGACAACAACAUUGAUCACCACAACAAGUUAAAGUGUUUAGAUCAAGCAUUGCUGAACAAAAACAUCUCAACAACACAAGUUGAAGAAACAAGAACAUUUCUUGGUCUCUUACCAAUCUUUUUGAGCAAUAUUGUCAUGAAUACUUGUGUGGCACAGUUACUGACCUUCACAGUACAACAAGGCAUGACCAUGAAUAGAAAAAUAACUCCUUCAUUCGAGAUACCCGUACCUUCACUAAACGUCAUCCUCGCUUGAGACGCUUCCAUACCCUUAUACGAACUCUUGGGAAAAAGUGCCAACAGAACAUCAAGCUUUGCUUUGAAACGCAUUGGACUCGGCCUAACACUCUCAUCUAUUUCAAUGGCGGUUGCAGCCAUCGUCGAGGCCAAUAGGAAACAUGAAGCGGUUCAAAACAACUUCAUAAUAUCUGUUUUCUGGCUAUUGUUUCAGUACAUCAUGCUAAGUUUCUCGGAUAUAUCAACACUGGGAGGGAUGCAAGAGUUUUUCUACAGAGAAGCUCCAACGAGCAUGAAGAGUAUGAGCGUAGCGUUAGGGUGGUGUUCCAUCGCAAUAGGUUUCUUCUUUAGUUCAUUUCUUGUGGAGAUCACAAACGCAGUCACGGGAAAGCUUGGACAUCAAUGGUUGGGUGGAGAAGAUCUCAACAAAUCCAAAGUUGAUAUGUUUUAUGUGCUUCUAUGUGUUCUUAACACUCUUAAUCUUCUCAACUAUAUUUUUUGGGCUAAAAAAUAUUGA